GGCAGUUAUAUAUACUUAUUUAUAUAGAUAUAAAGUAGAGAAAACUAGGAAACUUCGUUAUUAGUCCUCAUCAUUGUGAAAAAUUGACCAUUCUAGACAGAUAAUUGUUGUUUAUAUGUUAUAUGUUAUAUGUUACAUACUUAUAAAUAUUGAGCAAUUUUUGUCACCGAUUUGGCCUUAUUGUUGGUGUCUAUCUCUAACCAUUUCAGCAAGCGGUUGACCAGCUACAAAACAAAUUGAAAAGUUGUAGCUGAUUUUUCCCAAUUCAGGAUAUAUGCAGUUAGGAAUGGUAUCUCCUUCAAAACAAUGAUAGACAUAUUGGGAAGGAAGUCUCAACAACCACAAAGGAAGGAACUGAAAGAAGAGGGGGAUGGACAACACCUUCAAGGCACCACCAAAUCAUCUUUCUAUUUGAGUAGCUUCCGAGAGUUAUUCCUUAUUCUCUCUUCUUUGGUGUCUUCACAGAAACAACAACCCCACCAUGGAAACUCCUCCUAAAUACAAAUUCACAUUGAUCCUCUUCAUCACCAUCUCCCUCUCUCUUGGCUUAGUUUCCUUCACCUUGUGUGUGGUCUCCGAGAUUAAGAGGAACAAGAAGGAGGAUCUCAGAUGGAAUGGGAAACUAUGUCAUUUACCAUCAAGUCCAGCAUUUGGAUUGGGUAUUGCAUCUUUGGUUAGUUUGGUUUUGGCCCAAAGCAUUGGGAAUUCUAUACUAUUCAAGAAUUGUUGUUCAGGAGGGAAAAGAAACGCGCAGUAUAAGAUACCUGUCGUUGCAAGAAUUCUACUUUUGAUCUCUUGGAUUGGCUUUGCAAUUGUAGUUAUUUUAUUAAUUGCUACCACAAGCAUGAGCAGAAAGCAGCCCUAUGGGGAAGGGUGGUUGAAUGGUGAGUGCUACCUUGUCAAAGGAGGGGCAUACACUGGUUCAGCCAUAUUGAUCCUAGUUACAGUGGGUUCGUUAAUUGGUGCAGCUUUGUUAACAAUGAAGACCAAUCAAGCAGAACAGGGUCAGAAAGUACACGCACAAACGGGGUGACACUUGAGAUUAAAGAAUUUAUGUAUACAUGGAAACCAUGCAGAGUCAGAGUUUUGGUGCAAACCAAGAAGCUAUAAAAUGAAUUGAGGACCGUCAAUUACUCUUAGAAAGAAGCCUCACAAGUUGAAGAGGGAAAGGUCCAAGGCAUACAAUCUCAGACCAACAAGAGGCUUCCAAAGGAAUACUAGUCUUUAGAAGUAAAGGAAGGUGCCGGAAGCAACCAACAUUCAUUAAAUUGUUUGUUAAAUGUACCGAGGAAUAACUAUUUUUUCGACUUACACGAUACGAAAGAGACAUUUCUUUUGUACACAUACACAUUAUCUCCAUGGUAGUGACUGCCUCAUAGGAACUCAUUUUGGAUCCCACUCGCAUAAUUAAUAAUUGUUUUGUAUUUUUUA